CGUCACUCUGGUGAAACCGUUAGUCGUCAAUUUCACAAUGUUCUGAGAGCAAUCAUAUCAUUAGAAGAUAUACUCCUAAUUCAGCAUAGUGGUCUAGAAGUCCCUCCUUAGAUAUUGGACAACAACAGAUUCUACCCCUAUUUCAAGGUAAGCAUUAGUUUCCAAUUUUUCUCUUUGAAGUUCUUUUUGAUUUAGAAUAGAGAAACUUUUUAUAGUAGUCGUAUACUUCUCUUCCACAUCUCAGGAUUGCAUAGGUGCUAUUGAUUGCACUCAUGUUCGUGUAAAAGUGUCGCACAAGGAUGUUCCGUGAUUUCGAGGAAGGAAAGAUUAUCCUUCACAAAACGUACCAGCAGCUUCCACAUUCGACUACAAAUUUACCUAUGUUUUGUCAGGAUGGGAGGGGUUUGCAUCUGAUUCUAGGAUAAUUAACAAUGCUUUGACUAGGGAAGACAAACUAAGUGUUCCGCUUAGAAAAUACUAUCUGGUAGAUGCGGGAUUCAUGCUACACGUAGGCUUUCUUGCACCUUAUCAAGGAGUGCGAUAUCAUUUAAAAGAAUACUCCACACAUGCACCCGAAAAUGCUCAAGAGAUUUUUAACCUCCGGCAUGCCUCCUUACGAAAUACAGUUGAGAGGGCAUUUGGUAUCCUAAAAAGGCGAUUUCCCAUCGUAGCAAGUGGAGUUGAGGCUCACUACUCUUUUCGAACUCAAACUGAUAUUGUGUUAGCUUGUUUCAUUCUGCAUAAUUGUCUGACGGUUGUUGAUCCAGAUGAUAAAAUUCUAGCUGAGGUUGAUGAAGAACUUGCAAAUGCUGAACCGGAAGAGACUUCCAGUGACCAUUUCAUUACUAAUGAGUGUGAAGAAUGGGUCAAUUUAAGGGCUAACAUUGCUGCACAAAUGUGGAAUGAUUAUGUUUUGAAUGAAGUGUGACUUUGUAUUCGUUAGCCAGUUAAGAGUACUAUGUCUAUGUCUAUAUUGAAAUAGAAACUCAAGUGAAUGUACUGCUACUUACAUUUCCUUUUGCAACUAAUGCUGCAUGUUCAACCUUGUGUAGAGUAAUUGAUGUGGAUAGUGUUUUGUUUAUGUAUUUGGUUGGUUUUUCAAUUUUUAUCUUUGAUAUCAAAAAUCUGUAAUACAAGUCAACUCAUGUAAGUCAGGAUAUUCAAGCUGGAUGGUUCAAUAUUUGUUCAGGUUUCAGCAAUGGAAGUUCUUUCCAACAAAAAGGGUGGUCUAAAGAAAAAUUUGCUUUGGACACAAGAAAUGGACGACUAUCUUGUUGAUGUUUUGUAUGAACAAGACUUGUAUGGUAACAAAAUUGAUAGAAGCUUCACAGCAACAACAUAUGCAAAUGCUUCUAAGGCUAUGUCCCAGAAAUUUGGUGAGAACAUAUCGAAGGAACACAUCAAAAACCGCCUCAAAACCAUCAGACAAAACUUUAACUUGGCUUACGACCUUGUCAAGAACACUAGUGGGCUGGGGUGGAACGAAGAGACGAUAAUGCUUGAAGCUGAUCCAGACGUUUGGAAAGAACUACUAGCUUCAAACCCCGAUGCAAAGAAGUUUCAUAUGCGGCCUCUUCCCAAGUUUGAUCAACUAGUGUCAAUCUUUGGGAAUGAUCGAGCUACAGGUGCUUGUGCUGAAACUGCCAAAGAAAAGAAGCGUCGAUGGGAUAAAGAGCGGAGUGAAAGAAGCAUGGACUAUAUUGAUGAAUUCUUGACUCAAAAUGAAGUGCAGUUUGAAAACUUGGAUGAUAGCUUACGAUCAACUUCAAAAAAUUUCACCUCGAUUCAACACCAUCCUCCAAAGGCACUAAAAGAAAAGAAGCAAUGGUUGAUUUACUGCUUGAGCAAUUUCAAGUGUUCAACAACGGAAUCAAUGAAGUUGCUGCUGCACUUAGAGAAGGAAAUCUGGUUCUCCAUGAAGGAAACUCGGCACUAAGGGCCAACCACGUGUUUACUCUGAGGAAGAAGUAUUCCAGGA